UUUAGUCGUAUAUUUUAAAGACUUGAGUAAAAAACUUAAACCUUCCACUUUAUGGAGCAUGUGGUCGAUGCUGAAAAAAACACUGUAUACACAAGAGGAUAUUGAUAUUACUAAAUUUUAUAAUUUAAAAAGCCUAAUCAAAAAUAAUUCUAAAGGUUUUAAGCCGAAAAAAUCGUUGACCCUUAAGUGGGAUGAAAUUUCAAGAUUUAUGAAAACAGCUCCAGAUAACAAUCAUUUUGUUUCAAAGGGUAUACUGAUAUUUGGAGUUUGUGGAGCUCUGAGAUGUGACGAGAUCAGCAAACUUAAAGUGCAAGAUGUCGAAGAUCGUGGUAAAAAGUUCCUGGUUUCUAUCAAUGAGACAAAAAAUGAUGUCCCUCGCCAGUUUGUCAUCGGAGAACCCUUUUACAAUAGAGUCAAGCAAUAUAUUGAAAAGAGAGCCAAAGAAUCAUUCACCGACAGAUUUUUCAUCAAAUAUCAGAAUGGAAAAUUUUACCAACAAGUAAUCGGCAGAAACAAAAUUGGGGAGACACCGCGCGCUAUAGCUUCACAUUUGAACUUACCUAAUCCCAAAUUAUACACCGGACAUUGUUUCCGAAGAACUGGCGCAACUCUGUUGUCUGACUCGGGUGCUAAUGAGACAAUGUUAAAACAACUCGGAGGUUGGAAGUCUACAGCAAUCGCUCUAGCGUAUGUGGAAAAUUCAAUGAAGAAUCGGGAAAAAAUAUAUGAGAAUAUAACUCAUGGAUCAGAAUUCUCUCGAACUAAUCAUCAAUCAUCGAGAUCAACUGAUCCACCACCAUCUACAUCAACUGAUCCACAACCAACUAAACCAUAUACAUUAACAAGUUCAUCAACAAACAUCAUUGAAGCUGAAGUGAUAAUUCCAAUGAAUGAUAAGACAUCUCCAGAUGAUCACCUACACCUGUUUUCACAACAGCUAACAACAAAAAAAUACUUGUAAUGCACAAUAACCGAUCAACAAAACCUACGCACUUUUUGAAAAAACCACCAGUUACAGUUUUCUCAGAAAAAUCAGAGAAUACGCCACCA